AUUAUGGAACUUGAAAAAAAAAAUAAACCAAAUUCUCUCAAUUGCAUGAAAAAAGGACCUGGUCCACAGUAUAUGCUCAAAACAUUAAUUGGAUUUGAUGAUCAUGACCCCACUAAAUAUCGAAAUCCAGCUUACACAAUGAAAUUUCUUCUUAAAAAUAAAGUUCGUAGUACUGGACCAGGACCAUAUCCCAUUACUGCUCAUUUAACAAAUCAUGGUCUAGAAAUGUCACCAGCUUAUACUAUAGUAUUUAAACCUCAUGAAAAAUUUAAAGAUAAAGUUCCUGGACCUGGUGCUUAUGCACCAGAAAAAGCAAGACCAAUGAAUCAUCAUCUACGGGCAGCAGCUUAUACAAUGCGCUUUAAACAUUAUAAGAAUCCAAUUAAUCUCGGCCCUGGACCAAUAUAUAUGCUACCAACUUGUAUUGGUCCAGAAAUACCAGACAUACGUGCAGAAGGAGCUUAUACAAUGUCUUACAGACAUAAGCAAUUUAAACCAAAUAUUGGUCCUGGUCCAGCAGCCUACUCCAUUAUAACCGAGAAAUUUAAAAGAAAAAGUCCUGCAUAUUCGAUAAAAUUAAAACAUGAACUUUCUGAUCUUUCAAGAUAUUUGCCUGGUCCUAAGUACAAUUACAACUUAGACACCAUCAAAAAACGACAACCUAAAUAUUCAUUUGGGGUUCGAUACAGCGAAUGUACCACUGUUCCACUUAUUGAAGAGGAUAAAAAUUAAAUAUAUUUUCUUUUGCUAAAUAACAACUAA